UUUAUCCGAUUUACUGUAUUCACCGCUCGUAUACGUGUAUGUGUAGCUAGAAUCGUCUUCAUCGUCACUGGCAUCACUGAGCUCGUCAUCCACUUCGGGGUCUUCUCCUUCGGCGGCGUUGUCUUUGCCAUUAUUGUUAGUAGUCAUUUUUCUAAAAGUAUUGUUUAUACAGCAGCAACCAAGUCACUUGGUCCCGAAGAGGGAUUCACUUCGGCUGGUUGUGAUAUCAAAUGCUUGGCCCAAUUUCGGCAAACAGUUGCCCCGGUUCGAGAAGGUAAUAUAAGAGCUGAUAGACUGCGUAGAAUGUGCAAUCAGCAACUUGACUUAGUGACGGAAUUUGGAUGCACUUGUGCUUAUUAG